AGCCUACAGCUCGCAGGCCUAACACUUUUGACUUGGAACGUUUAAUCGUGAGUGGCAUAAGGUUGUCCAUAUAUAACCUGAAUAUAUAGGCGUCGGCGCAUGGGCAGCCUACCCGAACUAACGGAGCGCGCGCGACCGUCCCGCGCCGCGCGAACCGUCUCCGACCCACACCGUCAUCGUGCUAUCAUCACUCAGUUACCAGUCAGUACGAUAUACAAAAAAGAAUGGCUUUGGAGGAAGCCGAAAACUCCGUUGCGGGCAGUGCCCGUUGCGCCGAAUCGAAGAAGGGAUUCUGCCACGUCCUCUGUUGGAGCUGCGUCAGUGCGCCGUCUAAUCACUCGACAACCACCGAAAGUCCCACAACCUCUCGUCAGACGAUUCACUCUACUCUGCAUAUCAAGCGGUCUUUGCGCCACUGCCCUAGUUCCGUUCACAGCCUUUGCUGGUGCCGAAGCUGGGGCCAUGCCUUUAGCAGUCAUGCACAGUGUCGCAGCAAUCAUUGCUCCCUUCUCACCCCUAAUUCUUCAAAAGACUGGAACUAGAAUAGUCAUAACAUUAGCUCAUUUAUUCGUUUGUGUUCUGUUAUCAGCGCAUACUGUUGCGACUCCACUAUCGGUGCUUCUGCCCUUGUACGGGCUAUGUGGAGUUACGUUGUCGCCGAUGUCUUUGGCAUUAUCAGUGUCAGCCACUAAUUUAGCACAAGCAGCUGGUGAUGAACGGAGAAGAAAAAUUGCUCUGAGAAGAGCUUUACGAGCGCUUCGAGCUGCUCAAGAUUUGGGCUUGGUAUUCGGUGCUCUGAUGCUAGGAGGAGCGUUGACGAUCUGGCCAGAAGAUUUGACACCGCUGUCGCUGACGCCACUCCCGACGAACACGUCUUUACCAAAAUGGCCUCCAACUGAAGAUGAAUAUUUUCUGGAAGAUGAUUAUGAGGAGCGAACAUGCGGUGCUGCGGGCUGCCCAGAUACACAAGCCGUAUUAGGCACUGUAUUAAGCGCAGAGGGUCGAAGGAUCCUCGUUGCGGCCUGGGCCUUUCUGGCCCUCAUAGCGAUCGGGCUGGGUGUGUAUGGGGCUACCUCGUCUCCCGCGCCGCCACCAGACACUCGCUCUACGCUGCGAGAUCCGAGAGCGCUGCUCGGCGUGCCGAUGGGAUUCUUCAUCGGUUUACAUCAGGGAUUCAUAUACACUUCUUAUAUGAAGUGGUACGGCGUUUGCGUAGGUGGUUGGGCAUGCGCAUGGCGUGCUUUACUGGGCGCGGGGGCACUGCAGUCGCUCACCGCCGCCACACUCAGUAUGGCAGCCGCCAGAGGGCGUCGCAUCGCACUAGCUGCAGGCGGGUGUGCGGCGCACGCGUCUCUGAUGCUGGCGCUGCUGCGCUGGCGCGCGGCGCGCACGGACCUGGCGCUGCCCGCGGUAGCCGCCGCUGCGUGGGGCGCUUGCGCCGCGCUGUGGGACGUGCUGCAGAGCGGCGUCUGCGUGGGCGGCGCGGGCUGGCGCGGGCCGUGGGCCGCCACGCUGUGCGCGCGCCACUUGGGGCUGGCGCUGGCGUGCGCGGCGCGCCUGGCGCUGUGCGUGCGCACGCAGCUGGCGGCGCUGGCCGUCGCGCUCGCCGCCGCCAUCGCCACGCACGCCGCGCUGGAGCUCAGGCUGCGGAGGGGAGCGGAAGCAGCUCGGCACAGGUCCUAGCGAAGGGCCCCGGCGCAUCAGACGUUGACCACGUCCCUGACAGCCAACUCGGACGAUGUCGGCGGCAUCGAUGAGCCCGUGCACAUCAUUAGUUAACCUAUACCAUUGCUCAACCCCUCUCAGGGUGUUACCGCACUUCUCAGGCAUUUAACAUCUUAAUGGUCUUCGCUCAUAAUUAUAUACUCGCGGCAAACGCGUCAGUGUACCACGAAACAUUGAAAAGUGAGCUUUAUCUCUCGAACCGUAUAGUAAAAUGGAAAAUACUUACCUAUAUAAAAGCAGAGGUAUGCGGUUGUCUUUCAUUAUACUUUCUUAUAUACAUGUAUUUUUCUCAAGAGUACUGCGACAAACCCUUCACGAUUCCAAGGCUUUAUCAAGGUACCCCCUUAGGCCAUUACUUAUACCAGUUGAGUCGGUUGCAUUUACCGCUGGUCCUUUCUAGUACCAGGGUCCAAUAACUGAAGAGGACUGCUAAUCUUCAGACUACAGAUCGUGGCACUGAAAAAGGUCAAUAUUUCGUCUUAUAUCUACAUGGCGCUGAUCAAUAGCCUGGAAGAAGUUUAUAGUAUGUAAAUUGCCGUGGAAAUCAAUUAAUUCUUCUUAAAUAUGAAAUAUAAGAAGUUAUAGCGUGCGACAGGCUUCCUCCUAGGUCAAGUCGGGGUAGACCCCCGGCUCGUUACCAAACUGAUUGAACCGGGGGUCUGCGUCGAUUGGACACUGGCAUUUGGACGCGCCCAUCUCCCACGCCUGUUCUACCUUUUUCUUGUAAUUUUGUAUGUGUUUCGAGUGUCCUAUAUUUUUCCAAUACUGAAAUUCCAUACGUGUAAGUUGUCAGUCUGUAAUUAAACCACGAGUGCCUGAACUUGUGCUGUGUUUUAUUUGUGCAUAGGACGUUUAGCACGUGUGCAUAGGACGUGUGCAUAGGAGAGUUAUUCAACCUUAUC